GGGGGUUUUGCUGCUUUUUCCUCUCUGGGGGGUCUGGGCUGAGGCUGCAUCUGCAGAGAUGGAUGUUUUUCUAAUGAUCCGACGUCACAAGGCAACUAUCUUCACAGACGCCAAGGAGUCCAGUACAGUAUAUGAGCUGAAAAGAAUUGUGGAGGGGAUUCUCAAGAGGCCUCCAGAAGGACAGAGAUUAUACAAGGAUGAUCAGUUGCUGGAUGAUAGCAAAACUCUUGGAGACUGCGGGUUCACCAGUCAGACAGCACGGCAGGCUCCAGCAACAGUCGGCUUGGCCUUCAGAGCCAGUGAAGAUGCCUUUGAGAACCUCCGCAUUGAUCCCUUCUCCAGCCCGCCAGAGCUCCCCGACGUGAUGAAGCCCCAGGACUCUGGCAGCAGCGCUAAUGAGCAAGCAGUGCAGUGAAGAAAAUGGAGGCUGGUGGAGUUUGCUGCACAACCCAUGGUAU